UGGACUAGGCUUCAGUCCAAUCCAAAGUCCGAAUGGACACCCCCAGAGUUAAGGACCCUUUUCUCUUAACCCCUUAAACCACUUCCUCAAAAUACUUUUUUUUUGGAUCCAAAAGAAAAACAUCAAAAAAAAAAAAAAAAAAGAAAAAGCGCCAAAAUCAUCAGCAAACAAAGUUGCGAGAAGAAGCAUGAAGUCCCAACUAGCACCAGCAUACCGCCACCCAGUUAAAUUCAGAAUGCCAACUGCAGAAAAUUUAGUUCCAAUUCGAUUGGACAUUGAAAUUGAUGGUCAGCGAUAUAAAGAUGCCUUUACCUGGAACCCUUCAGAUCCUGAUUCAGAAGUGGCAGUGUUUGCAAAAAAGACCGUAAAGGACUUGAAGCUCCCAACUGGAUUUAUAACUCAGAUUGCUCAGUCAAUUCAAGAUGCUGAGUUGAUGAAGUCACAGCUGACCGAAUUUCGGUCAUAUGAAGGCCAAGAUAUGAUUGUUGGUGAGAAGAUUGUCCCCAUCAAGCUAGAUCUUCGAGUAAAUCAGACUCUUAUUAGAGACCAGUUUUUAUGGGACUUGAACAAUAUGGAGAGUGAUCCUGAAGACUUUGCAAAGAUCUUCUGUGCUGACAUGGGUAUUGAUGAUCCUGAAGUUGGACCUGCUAUUGCUUUUUCCAUAAGGGAGCAACUUUAUGAGAUUGCAGUCCAAAAUGUAACAUCGGCUAAGGAGAUUAGAGUAAGCAAGAAGGGUCGUCGUGGAAUUGAGUACAUGCCUGUUAGCAAAGCUGGCGUUACUGCAGUAGAUUUGGCUAAGUUGUUUGGCAGCAAAUCAAGUGUCAUUCGGAAAAGAAAAGAUUGGGAUGUGUAUGAAGCAAUUGUUGACAUCCUCUCAAAUGAGGAAGUAGAAGCACUUGAAGCAAGAGAAGAUAAAAUUGCUCGUUGAUUAGGUGACAUGAUAGCAUAUGCUAGGACAUUGUCAAGCACAGUUGUGGAUAUGUAGAAGAAAACUAAUGCCUUAUAAGGUUAUGUAUUCCUACUGCAUAGUACUCGACUGGAAUUGCAACGAUUAACGUUCGAGUAAAUCGAAAAGAUGUUACAAAUCCAAUAUGCUCAUGUGGAAGAUUGCUUGAUUAAUGGUUGUUUCUUUCGCGAUAUACAAUGCAGUUGAACUUGGUGGUUGAACUCUCAAUCUUUAACUUGGACUAAUUAACAUUUACCGAUACAAUAUAACUAAUUUUGUUUUUGUCAUAGACAUAAUCAAAGGAACUUAAUGUAAACUCGGAAAAUACCUUUUCCUUGAGGUGAUUA